AUAUUUUUCUGAAUGUGUAAAAUUGGUUUCUCGCCACAAUCCUCGGUGAUUUUCAGAUUCUGAUAACAGCCAACAGGAUCGCAUGAGUUCUUGGCUAUCUUUAAAAUAAAUUUGGUGAACCUUUGCAGUUGAACUCCGCUUUGAAUAUUCGUUGGCCAUGUCGUCCGAGGUUGGAACCGCUGAACAGACGGAGAGAGCCUUCCAGAAGCAGCCUACCAUCUUCUUAAACAAGAAGACUCGCGUAACCGGCGGCGUUGUGAAGGCAAAGAAAACCCUCCGUUACAGCAAAAAUGUCGGCCUAGGCUUCAAGACCCCGCGAGAGGCCAUCGAGGGGCACUACAUCGACAAGAAAUGCCCGUUCACUGGCGGUGUCCACAUCCGCGGACGUGUUUUCACUGGUGUGGUGCAGAAGUUGAAAAUGCAGAGGACAAUCGUUAUACGACGGGAUUACCUGCAUUAUUACCGCAAAUAUAAUCGAUUUGAGAAACGCCAUAAGAACAUGAGCGUGCACAUGUCCCCCGCCUUUCGGGACGUGAACAUCGGAGAUGUCGUUACCGUUGGGGAAUGCCGACCUCUCAGUAAAACCGUUACAUUCAAUGUAUUGAAAGUUACAAAGAGUUCUGGCUCUAAGAAGAGCUUUAAAAAGUUCUAGAUUGUCUGUGCUUUUCUAUUAAAAAAUCAGUGUCCGUGUACCGGAUAAUGAA